GACUUUAGUGCAAGUCAUUCCGGUACUACGUACCACCGUUGGCAGUUGUGUUCUGUCAGUGUAUAUUGAUCAUGAGUUCAGACGAGCGGGUGAAAUACUGGGAUAACGUGUGGAGCAACGGCUUAACAUCUUGGCAUGCAAAGGACAUUAAUUUUGCUCUGAAAAAUCAUGGACAUCUUCUUCUGCCGGGUCCUCGAAGACGGGUGCUCGUGCCUCUGUGUGGGAAGUCCGUCGACAUGAAAUGGUUCUAUAACAACGGCCAUUCUGUGGUGGGAAUCGAAGGCGUCGAGAUGCCGAUUAAGGAAUUCUACGAAGAAAAUGACAUCCCAUACACAACAGAGGAGUUAUCCUGGGGGAAACUGUACAGUUCGAAUGACCGCAGAUUGCAGCUCUACCUCUGUGACCUGUUUGAGGCCAAGCCGGAAGAACUGGGCAAAUUCGACGCAGUUUGGGACAGAGGCUCCCUUGUGGCUAUCUACGAAGAGGACAGAGAGAAGUACAGCCAGUUCAUGAAGUCCGUCCUGGCCCCCGACUUCCGGUACCUGGUGAACCUCAUGCAGUACAGACCCAAUGAAUUGUUCAGCGGACCGCCCAGGAACAUCUCCAACGAGCUCGUCCUUCAGCUUUUUGGCGACGUGUGCGAGCUGAACGUGCUUGAGACGCUGAAGUGGGGCAAGGAUGAGUUUGACACGCAGGAAGUGGUCGCUCUCCUCACCCCGAAGAAAUAAAUGCAUGAAGAUCAUUUACAAACGAGACACAUCUUUAUCUUUAUUGAGACAAUCUUUAUUAAGACUUCUUUUGUUGUGUGUUUAUCUGUGUAUGAAAUGUAUCAAGAUUUUGUGUUAAUAAUAAACAUUCCAAUAGACGCACAAAGUAUGCGUGAUUUAUUUUUUCUAGUUUAAAAAGUUAUAUUGAUAAGGGGAUGCAUCACUUUUGAAGGCUUAUAACGAUAUGCUAAAUGUACAUAUACUGCAUAUUUACUAUCCGAAAGCGUUAUAUUAGUAAACUCAAAAGAAGUUAUUAUGAAGUUGUCAUCCGGAGCUCUUAUUCUGUUGGCUGUUGGUUUAUAAUGUGUAGUAAUUUCUUUUUGCUGAAAUGAAUAAAAGGGACUCAUUGA